AAUAUCAGACAAUGAAACUUAUAUAGUAUUGAAUUUGUAAUUCAUACAAAUUAGUGUCAAUAUGUUUAAAUUUCAAUCGAUUUCUUUUUUGAAACUUAAAAUUGAUAGGUUUUAUUGGAUUUCAAAAGACAAUUAAUAAUAAUUUACAUAUAAUUUUUUCCUUCUGGAAUAUAAACACUAGUAUGUAUUUUGUUUUUACUUUCAAAAUAUUAUAGUUUGAAGUUUACACAUGGAUCUGCAUAAAAUAAGCUCGUUCCAUGUGCUAAUGUAAUUGCGAAUAAUGGGAAAUUGUUUGGGUUACCCGCCCUAUAUAGAAUCACAACGCCGAGAAAAGGUUUUAGCAAGACAGACUCGCUCCGCGAACAAUUUACAGGGUUCACGGACUGUUGUGCUGCCAUAUAACAGCUUCAGCAUGAACACACGGACGCCAUCAGAGGAGACUGAGGUAAAAAGAUUUCCGGACACAUCAUUUUCGCAAAACACGUCACAAGUUGAAAUUGAAACCAUAAAACUCAGCAGUAACAAUACUUCCAGGGCCUCGAGCUUCAAAAGUGCAAACAGGUAUAUAAAAAGGUACAGAAAUGAAGAAGAAAAGUUAAUUGACAUGCUUCAAGAACGCGAGCGACUUGUAAGAGCAGCCAUUACACAAGGACAAGAACUUAGAGCAAAGUGUAACAGAUACAAAGAAGAACUGGACAAUCUAAAAGCAUUAAGUGACGUAGACAUGACGGACGUUGAAUGGAAGAAGAUGUACAAUGAGCUUGAUAAAAGGAAUCGAGAUCUAAAGGAGGAACUUGACAUUUUAACUGCGAGAAAUAAAAAUGGCAGAGACCAUUUAAAUCAUCAAAAUGAAGUUAUACAACAACUGAAUGCAGAACUACAGAAAGAAAGAAUUGAAAAACAGCGAUUGCUUUCAAGCAGUUUGACCAGUUUGAAGAGUAUCGGGGUGAAAGACAAGAAGGGGAAGCUAAUGAUAACACAACUAGAAGUAGACAACAAAUUACUGCAAGAAAGACUAAAUGAUGUAACAGUGCGAAAUCAAAGAGGGAGGGAAUACCUGUCGAAGCUGGAGGCUGAAAAACGUGAUCAAGAUGCGAUGCUUGCUAAACUGAAGUCCCAACUACUUAUGGAGAAAGCGGAGAAGGAUCAACUCAAAACUCGUGUUGAAAUCAUGUCAUCCACACAAAACUUAUCUGCUGUAGAAACUGAACCAUCAGGUGUAUAUGCACAAGUCCAGAAGAAGAAAAUUACAGCUGAAGAACAAAACGAUAAGCGUACGCAUGACGGAACGCAUUCAGAUAACUAUGAAACCGUUGUUCAUCACCAUGAAAACAUCGAAACUAAGUCUACUGGAUUCGAUAUAGAUCAGCAAGAUCCAAGAAACGACAGUCCAAGUGAACAUGUACAAAGUCAAGUUUAUGAAGAAGUUGGUUUUGGAGAGAACAACGGUGAUAAAGAACCUCGCAUAACUACUUAUGUUAUGAACAGUAGUCAGUCUACAAAUACAGAAAGUAUGACAUCAACACCAAGAAUAGUCGAAGAUAUUAUUACGCAUGACCCUGAACCGAUCUGGGAUUAUGUUCCGGCUUCUGCAGAGGUCGAUGCUGAAAAUGUGACAACUAGAUUUUAAAAGGCUUUCGUAAUACUCAUAGGUAGCUAAAUAUGACGCAGUUGCGUUUGACUUGGUUUGUACAUAUGAUAGAGUUUUCCGGAAGGGAAAUUGUAUAGUAUAUAUUGAUUGUUUGCUUGGUAAGUUUCCCGACGAUGCAAGUUUUCUUGAUAGGAGCUUGUUAAAUCUGCAUAGACCUGUUUCUGCAAAGGAGAGAAGACACGUUGAAAGUGAUUUAUAGGUCCGGGUUUUAAUAAGUUUAUAUGAAAUAUACCAUAUAGAAAAUAUUCAAAUUAUUGUUAACUAUGUUUAUUUUGGACUAUGUUUUCAUAAUGAAUAUAUAUCUAUAUGCUUAUUAAUCAGAACGGUGCUGGUAAAGUUUGAAAAAUGUAACAAUAUUUUGUUGUUCGAUGAUAACCUGAAGUGUUGCAAAGCUGCUAGAUCCCAAUUACGUUUUUCAGACGAAAACUAUCUAAAACACAACCUAAAUAGCGGGUCCAGAAAGUGGAAGUUUUUCAGAUAUUCUCAUUCAAACUUAAAAUAAUAUAAUUAUAUAUGAAGAUCCUUUGAAAAGAAUUGAACACAAAUAUGACCAAUCAAAUUAAUAGCAGAUUCGAUGUGACCGAGUCUGUUCACGAGGUGUAAUGAAAUAUGCAGCACACUCGGUCACUCUAAGUCUAAAAACGGGUAAACAUUUUAGCUGAGAAAUGUAUCAAAAUGUAUAAUAAGAUGAUUGAGUUUGUCCAUUAGCGGUUAUUAAAUGUGCAACAUCC